AUGGAACAAGCAACUCAGGAAGACAUCUCUCUCAAAUUUUGUGGUCAAGAACCUCAUUUGCCUGCAACGACUUCAGACUCGAAACAAUACACGCAAACCGAUUGUCCUGUUCACGGCCGACCAAUUUUAGAACCUCCCCGCCAAAAUAUUCCUCCUGGCGUGCACCCCUCUCAGCGGCUGGAAUACACUCCACUCUGGCAUCUUCCAGUGGGAAUGUCAGGAGGCUGCAGAGUUGGAACCUCUGCCUCCGCCGGGUGCAUCUGUGUACACAAUCCAGAUAUAUUGAAAGAUGAGAUGACCCGCGAGAUGGAGGUCAUCGUCCAGGAAGCAAAACAGAAAGGGAAGAAACAGGAGGAGAAAAAGUCCACUUAA